AUGUCUUUAGCCACCUUAUUUAUUCUGUUCGCACAUGCGUCGAAUACGGUCCCGGUAUGUGUACAUACCACGUUCAUCAACAAAGGUGCAGCAUUGAAAAUCGGCCAAAUACUAAGUAUACAGGAUUCUAAGGUGGUGUCACCGCAGCUGGCUAAAGCUUUUGAACGUGUACGCCAGGCGGCCGACUAUAUGCCCGAUUGGCAAGUAGAGCGCGUAAUGAUCACACAAUUGGGCGCCGUUUGUCGUAAUCUUUUGGAAAGUUUCGAUGAGAAACCAUUUGCGGCGGCUUCCAUUGGGCAGGUACAUCGCGCUACAUUGAAAGAUGGCAUGCAAGUGGCUAUAAAAAUUCAAUAUCCUGGCGUUGCGCAAAGCAUCGAAAGUGAUAUUGAUAAUUUAGUAGGCAUGCUCAAAGUAUGGGAUGUCUUUCCGCACGGCUUCUUUAUUGACAAUGUGGUCAAGGUGGCCAAACGUGAACUAAAUUGGGAAGUAGAUUAUACACGUGAAGCUGAAUAUACAGAUAAAUUUAAGCAGAUGAUUGCACCUUAUCACGAGUACUAUGUACCGAAGGUCAUUAAAGAAUUGACCACAAGCAGCGUACUGACUACAGAAUUAGUGCCAGGUGUACCAUUGGACAAGUGCUUCGAUUUAAGCUAUGAGCAUCGCCAUCACAUUGCUUCGUCUAUACUCAAGUUGUGCUUGCGUGAGCUGUUCGAGUUGGAAUGCAUGCAAACCGAUCCAAAUUGGUCGAAUUUCCUUUAUGAUGUUGAUACGAAGAGACUAAUGUUAAUUGAUUUUGGUUCAACGCGUUUUUAUCAUGUUAUCACCGAACAACUCUUCUCCAUCUUCUUCCUCUUCUCGAAUAGUCUGAUCUCCAAGGAUUUCGUCUUCAUUCUCAAAUGGUUCGAAGUCACCAACUGGGGAAGUCAUAGCCGCACGCAAAUCACGCCGAUCGGCGGCAUCACUCGGAGUUGCUGGAGGUGGUGA